UUAGUGCUAGACCACACAAGUGGGUCUAGAGGUAAACCUUUUUGGUUUACAUAAAUAUUUCAUAGGUAUUUUAUUUAAAAUUUAAAACCAUGAAGUGGAUUUUACUUUUAGCAAUCGGGUGUGCUUUAGCCUCUAUUAUAAAAUCAGAAUGUAAUAACUGCUGUCCAGAUUGCUCAAACGACUGCAAUGAUUGUCAAAAACGCUGCGAAUCUUGCAGUGAAAUCUCUUGCUCCAGUUGUUUAACAUCUUCCACAAAAUGUUGUUCCGACUGUUGCAAGGAAAACAGUGAACCAGAACCGAGCAGACUGGUAGCAAAUAAUGAAAUUAUAGGGGUACCAAUAUUGGUUACACCUGGACCUUCUGAAACUACAGCUGAUGGUGGCAGUGUAAAUAAUAAUAGUACUGUUAAUUUUGAAGCAAAUUUAAAUGUUUCUAAUAGUAUAGAUAACGAGAAUGUUAUUCAUAAUCCAAUAAAUGUUCAUUCUUUCAUUAGUAACAAUAUAAAGCUAACUGGAGAUGCAGAGGAAUUUUAUCCAGACUCAACAUGGACUAAAUCUACCACCUCAACAGCAAACAAUAGGGAAACUACUGAACCUGUUACAGCCAUAGAACAUAUAACAACAACUAAAUCUACCUCCAUAACAGAAGAAACUCGGGAAACUGAACCUGUUACUGAACCCACUAGGCCUACGGAAUCAACCACUCCAAUUUCCCCAAUUUGCCCAGUACCCACAUUAUGUCCCCCCCAACAAAUCCCAGUUCUGCCAAUUCAACCAAACCUUAUCCCCACUGUAAUGUAUCCUCAACCAAGUCCAACACUUUGUUCAAUAUUAGGAAAUUGUCCUCAAUUACCUAUUCAGCCAAUACAACCAACAAUAAUUUAUCCUCAGCCACAACCUAUGCCUCAACCAAACCAAACUCCUUGUCCAACAACAGGAAAUUGUCCCCCAGUACCUGUUCAGCCAAUGCAACCGAACAUUAUACCCACUGUAAUUUAUCCUCAGCCACAACCUAUGCCUCAACCCAAUCCUUGUCCAACAUCAGGAAAUUUUCCUCAAGCACCUGUGCAACCAAUGCAACCAAACAAUAUCCCCACUGUAAUUUAUCCUAAACCCAAUCCAACACCUUGUCCAACAUCAGGAAAUUGUCCUCAAGUACCUAUUCAGCCACUACAACCAACUGUAAUUUAUCCUCUGCCACAACCUAUACCUCAACCAACACCAGGAAAUUGUUUUCAGCCAAUACAACCAACAAUAUUUUAUCCUCAGCCACAACCUAUGCCUCCUUGUCCAACAACAGGAAAUUGUCCCCCAGUACCAGUUCAGCCAAUACAACCAGACAUUAUUCCCACUGUAAUUUAUCCUCAACCACAACCUAUACCUCAACCAAAUCCUUGUGCAACAUCAGGAAAUUGUCCUCAAGUACCUUUACAGCCAGAAUUUAUUCCAACUUGUUCAUCUGGAAGUUGUCCCCAACCCACCAAUCCCACUGUUAUUUAUGCUCAAUCUCAACCAGCUCAAGCAGACAUUAAAUGUAGAAAUAUAAUAACAACGAUUUGUGAAAUAAAUGGCUAUCGCACAGCUUGUCCACAAAUGGGUUCGUGCCAACAAAAAAUUAAUAAAUAUUGGAUUGAUAGUCCUUAUUGUCAAACUUGCAGACAAUGUUCCAUUAACUAUAUUCCAGGAUUAUGCAAUUUACUUUCUAAAUAUUGUUACCAACAAUGUGUAGUGUCUCCAUGGAGUGCACAAUCCAUGUUAUAUCAGAAUAAGAGAAAAUAAUCAAAAAGUUAGUUGUUAUAUAUUUGUAUUUUUAUGACAUGUAAUUCACAACAGUUUUUUUGUCAAACACAAGCAAACUAUGGACAUGCAAUUAUUAUAAUAAACUGUUAACAUUUAAUACAUUAACGACAUAGUGAAAUAUAUUGAAAAUCAUCAUACUAUUUUUAUUAGAGAUUGUGUGUUAUUGAUGUAUAAAAAUAUAUUUUGAAUUUAUUUAAUAAAUAAAGUAUUCUAUUUUAAAUUAUUAUGCUAAAUUUGUAUUCUUAUGAACGGAUGUGGUAAUGGCCAACUGUAAAAAAUAAUUUUAAAAAGUUAGUGAGAGUGGUCUGGUGACCAAACAAAUUUUGUUCAUUUGUGUAAGAUCGAAUAAAAAU